GAUUGGUCUUUCAAGAACAAACAGCUGCAAAAGCACCACCAAUAUGAUAAUCAUCCCGGCCACCUUUCCCCCGGAGGGUUUCAACACCCGAUCCAUCGUCCGCCGUGGCUCCACCUCCUCCGCCGCCUUCCACCGCCUCAACAGAUCCACACGCAACGGCAUCUCCAACUUCAUCCGCUCGCUCCUCUCACUCUUCACCUUCCCUUCAAUUAUCUUCCCCACCUGCACGUGGCUCGGAAACCCCAACAACCAACUGGUUUCUGUGGCCCCCACCCUCGGCCGGAAAGUCACCGGAACCCUAUUCGGCAACCGCCACGGCUACGUCAGCUUCGCCGUGCAGGUGGACCCGAAGUCGGUGCCCGUUCUGGUGAUUGAGCUCGCCGUCUCCACGGCGGCGCUCGUGAAGGAGAUGUCCUCCGCGCUGGUGAGGAUCGCCUUGGAGUGCGAGAAGCCGCAGACGCCGCGACGCGGCGGCGGUGGCGGACCCGGAGGGAAGGCGGCGAGGCUGUACGGGGAGCCUGGGUGGACGAUGUACUGCAACGGGAGGCAGUGCGGGAACGCGCAGGUGAGAGCGUGCACGGAGUCUGAUUGGCACGUGCUGAGGACCGUGCAGAGCGUGUCUGUCGGGGCUGGGGUGAUUCCGGUGGUGGACGACGGCGGCGGCGAAAAAGUCGUCGGCGGCGCGUCGGAGGGUGAGUUGCUGUACAUGAGGGCCCGAUUCGAGCGAGUGGUGGGGAGCCGUGACUCGGAAGCGUUCUACAUGUUGAACCCGGACGGGAAUUCUGGGCCUGAACUCAGUAUCUUCUUACUUAGAUUCUGAUCAGAACAUAAAUAUUUAUUAAUUAAUUAAUUAUGUGGGGUUUUGAGUUUCAUUUUUUUCAAUUAUGCAUGAGUUGUGGGUAAUUGUUCUUAGGGAUCUUGUACUUUGUAUUUUAUUAUAAUCUCAUUAUUAAUAAAUGUUGCAUGCUU